CGAUGUUCCAAAAUGCAAAACUACGGUGAUUCCCAGGUUCCUGAUGCUGCUUCUUUGCUUGAGCAAUUUACACAAAAGCUAUCCAACUUUCCCAGUGAGGUCUUGUAUUACUUGGAGGAGUUGAAGUUGAAGGACUUGAAGUUCUAUGAGUUGCGGAAAAAAAUACAGGCAAAAGAUUCCCAGAUUUUCAAACACAUUAAGAAUUUUGGUCCCUUAAUACCCCAUCCAAAGGAAGAUAUUUUAAUUAACAAAAUUGAAAAUGAAUUUUCAGAAUGUUUGGAUAUAUCAAACGAAAAAUGUAAAAUAUCCUUGACUCUACUAUUCCAAAUUGAAAAAUAUUUAAAAUCUCUUAAUGAAGAGAUACAUAAACUAGAAUUCCAUAAAAAUUUACCCCCAUUGAAUGAAGACAUAGUAGACUUGUCGAAUCCCCAAUCUUUAUUGCACUAUAAAAACCAAUUAUCUUUAAAUGACAGUUCCUCCUUUAGUAGUAACAAUAAUUUAAACAACAGCUCAAAUAGCAAUAACAUGAACAAUUCAAUGAAUAAUAAUGAUCCUUACUUAAACAGCGGAAUAAACACUCCCAUUUCUAUAAUGGGAAGCUCAUUAAAUUUAUCUGCUCUAUCUGCUUCAUUAUCUAAUAACUUUAAUAAUAACAACAACAGCAACAACAAUAACAAUAAUAACAAUAAUAACAAUAAUAAUAAUAAUAAUAAUAAUAAUAAUAAUAAUAAUAAUAAUAAUAAUAAUAGUGUAGAAGAGGACAAUACUUUAUACUGUUUUUGUCAACAAGUUUCUUAUGGCGAAAUGGUUGCCUGUGAUGAUGUAAAUUGUAAAUAUGAAUGGUUUCAUUAUAAAUGCGUUGGUUUAACCCAGCCACCUGAAGGUUCAUGGUACUGUUCAAAUUGUUUGAGAGAACAAUCAAAGGAAAGUAACCGGAAAAAAAGA